GAAGCAUGCGCUGCACCUCAGCUAGCAGGAAGCACACACAGCUGGUGCUGGUCCUGAAUGCUUGGCUGGGGCCUGGGAGGGCAGUGAGUCGGCUCUGCCCAGAGAGGCGCUGGUGGUGCUCUGCAGGAGCUGCUGCUGAACAAUCCCUCACUGCUGCGAGAUGAGCAUCGUUGGAGAGCUGAUUGCUCCAAUGGAUGUAGGCCGGUGUGUGGGCAUCCAGAUAACCAACAACACCAGAGAUGUGACCCUCGAGUGCCCCAGGACUUACUGUUUCAGCGGCUGGGCCAUGAUAGAGCCUGUGUCCCGCAUCCCCCCCGGCUCUGCGGGGAGCAGCGUGUUUGUGAAAACAAGCUACACGGCCUGUGGGAGCGUCGGGGUGCUGAGCUACGAGUCUGACGUCUUCACCCUGGCCAUCAUGUUCUCCAACCCCUUCGACCGCCUACGCUACACCUCUGAGUUUGCCAUCCAGAUCUUCACUGGCAGGAAGCACUUCCACAGCAUGGAGCACCUCUACCACUACAUGUACUAUGACGGCCCUCCCUAUAUAUGCGAAUACUACCGGAAAGUGAAGCUCGACGUCACGGAUGGCCAACUGGAGGUAAUCAACGAGGACAUCUGGGUGAAGGCCAGCAUGUCCAGCAAGGAUAAGUCCAUCAUUCAAGUGCAGAUUGAGCAAAAAGAUCGCUGCCCAGCCUAGCUACCCACUCAGCCAACUCAGGCAGCCCAUGGACAUGCCCCAGUGUGACAGACAAGGGGGCUGCUGGUGGGAAAUAGUGACUCUCUUUUUCCCAGCUUGAGUAGACAGUGAUGUGCUAGCUCUGCUCGAGUUAGUCACUAAAAAUGGCCAGAGCGGUGUGGGUGGUGGGAAGAGCUAGUCACCCAAGUGCACUCUCACCUGACCUCCUGACCCCCAUGCCACAGUGUCCACACUGCUAUUUUUAGUGACUAGGGCAUGUCUUUCUACCCAGGCUGGGCAGUAUCCAGGCAUCCAGGGUUUUGUCAUCAUUUUAUAAAAAAACUUUUGUUUCUUACUUAUUUUUUAACCUCAGAAAUAACAGGUGUUGGCAUAUGAAGACCUGACGUUUAAGCAUUUAUCAUGGUGAUAAAGCUCCCAGAAAGCUUUGCAAAAAGUAAUGCUAAAAAAGGUAACAUAGAAUUAUUAGCAAAUAAGAGCUAAACUUCUUGUAAGUGGAAAUAUGUUUAAGAGCCUGGCCUUUGGGCAGAGCUGUAUAAGGUUGUUUUUAAUUGCAUGUGUGCUUGCCAGGUAAAAUAUAAUUGGCUAAGCAACUUAAAUAAAAGUUAUACAUUGUAAUGGAAACCAAAAGAAAGGGAUAAGUAGAUAAGAUCAUAACGUAAGAAUGGCUAUACUGCAUCUGCCCAAUGGUCCAUCCAGCCCAGUGCCAGAUGCUUCAGAGGGAAUGAACAGAACAGGGCAAUUUCGAAUGAUCCAUCCCCUGUUGUCCAGUCCCAGCUUUUGGCAGUCAGAAGUUUAGGGAUACCCGGAGCAUGGGGGUGUGUCCCUCACCAUCUUGACUAGUAGCUGUGAUGGGUUCCCCCCAGGGUGCAACCUGGAACUGGGGUACCACUGAGCCCACUUGACCCACCAGCGUGGGCUCCCUUACACUGUCCUGCUGAGACAGGCCCCCAAGUCCCCUCCAGCACACACACGGGUAGGAACACACCCAGCUGCAGCAACACACCGACGCUGAGAUCAGCUCUGCGUGGGAAGACUUAAGCUAAGGAACUGCCCAGUAGUCAGAUGAACACACCCCUCUGGAGGGUAAACCCUAAAAAUUACACCGUCUUGCGCUGCACAGGGAACUGUACAGAGUAAGCUCAUGAAAUUCAUCCCCUCCUUCGAUGUGCAGAGGAAUGUACACAGCUUUCUGGCCCCGGUUAUGA